AUGAAUACACGCAAGCCAAUACAACCCGCGGCGACAACCAACGUCUUGUCCAUAUCGUAUUCCACCUCCGGCAAGCGCUUCAUCACCGGACUCAGCGAUGGUAUUCGCAUCUUCCGAACAGACAACUGUCUUGCAACCCACGAACCGACUACACCCUACGAACUGGGCAUCUCCAUUGCAGAGGUGCUUGACGAUCGCUACUGUGCCUACGUUUACAACCACAAGAACCGAAGCGGUGGACCGAAUGUGGUGGUUUUCUGGGAUGCUUUGUUGGAUCGAGAGUUGAGCAGAUUCGAUUUUCAUGAGCCUGUUCUUGGCAUCAGGUUGACUUCGAAGUGGAUGGCCGUUGUUUUGGAGGAGCGCACGGUGCUGUUUCAGUAUCAGCGAAUCCACCUUCCAAGGCUGCCGACGCCGCCAGCAGAAGACGCAGGCGAAGAAGAGCGAACGCCAGCCGAGGACCAGCCUGUUCGAGCCCCGAAUCUGGUCCAUUCGAUCUAUCAAACCACCGCCAACACCUACGCCCUUGCAUGCCUGUCUAACGACUUGCUUGUUCUACCUGCCAAGACAUUAGGCCAGAUCCAACUAAUAUCGCUCAAAACAGGUGCUUCGAGCAGCAAAAGAGUGGUCAAAGCCCACAGCCACCCACUUCGAUGCCUUGCCUUGUCCGAUGAUGGAUCUCUUCUCGCCACCGCCAGCGAACAGGGAACACUCAAUCACGUGUACAACACCACGACUCUGGAUCAGCUCGCUAACUUCCGACGUGGCGUAGAUCAAGCAAUCGUGCAUAGCAUGGCGUUCAGCCCCGGCAACAGAUGGCUAGCCUCCACAAGCGACAAGGGCACUCUUCACAUUUUCGAUCUGCGACCACCAGAUGCUGCUGAAGUGGCGUCGAUGGCGAAGGAGAGACAGCAUCGUAAAUCUCGAUCCUACGCCGAGCACAGGCUGUCUGGUCCAGACUACUACAAAGACUCAUCGUCUGGCAUGUCAGCCGGUCGCUCAUCGCCAGCACCUUCGAGCGCGGUUGGUGGCGGUGCAGGGACGGGUUAUCAAGGCAGCGUGCAAGAGUACUACGGACUGCGACCACCACCUGUCUCCGCAUCACCCCCAGCGAGAGAUGCCGCCGUCUCAGCCAUGGCUACACUAAAAGCCAGCCCCUUCGCCCCCAAAGUCUUCAAAGACAUCCGAAGCAUCGCAUCAGCGCCUUUCUACACGGGAGAAGAUACCCAACAUUGGCAGAGUGGGCCUCCGUAUAGUUGGACGACAGCACCGAACGGCACGAAGAAGCGAAUCAAGAAUCUUGUCCUACCGCUGCCGAAUGACCCUGCUGGGAGACCGUCGAAGGGAAUCAUCACGUUCGAGAGGGAGGUGAAGGAUGGGGAUGGAGCGAUUGUCUAUGUGGUCGGCGGUGGAAGUGAUGCCAGAUGGGAGAUGUUUGAGUUGUCUCCUAUCACGACUGCUGAUGGAGAGCGUAUAGGAGGAUGGGCUCUGAACAACAAAGGGUUCAGGAAAUACUUGAAGAGGCAGUUUGUUUGA